UGUUUUUUUGAUUGUUUGAUCUUUGAAAUCUGUCUGAACCAUGUCCCGUCCGAGAAGCCGAGCAAUGGCUGCCUUGGUUUUGACUCUCACUGCGACAUCGCAUUUCUUCAAUCUUCGUUGUUUUGUUCAGCCUGGCGCUCGAUACACGCCACACCCAGCAGGUUGUAGCCAUGUGCGCUACGCCGUUCCUGGAGCAGAGAGCAUACCAGCAGCCAUCGCCGCUGGCUUUGCAGCGGUGGAGAAUAUAAACAAACUGGGGCAGUUUGGUGAUUUGCUUCGAAAGUGGUCGUCAGUGACGCCCGGAGCAGAGUUGAUGCUCGAGGUCGACAAAAGCAGCGAAUCUGAAGUCUUGAAGCAUGUGGAAAAACUAUGCAAAGAGAUCGCGCAUGCCGUAGACAACAACAGAACAAUUUCAGUCUGGGGGUCAGUUCUCAGCGGCAAGCCAAUCUGGGUACGAGGGUAGUAGAUGAUACCCCAUUCCAGAAGCUGAUGACAAAAGUUCUGGCUGUCAAUCGAUCAGGGUGCACGGCUGUGCAUGCUGAGCCUGGGGUGGGCAAGUCCAUCGCAUCAUUGAGGGCACUGCCAGCUGGCACAGUGUCCAAGAAUUACUCAGUGCUGCUUGAUGGUGGCUUUCGCGCGGAAAUGAUGAGAUUCUUCAGGGUCACCAGGUUCGAUUUGGUUGUUAGCGUUGCCCGCAUGGUUUUUCCAGCCCUCGCGCAAGCUGGUGUAAGCAUGAACAUGGUUUUUGAUAACGGCGUCGAAGAGGAUGAAGACUUCCAUAAGUCGAGGACUGAAUGGAUUUCUUUGCUGAAAGCAGCCCACGAGUCCGGACAUCACUUGAUUGUAGUUACUCAGUCAGAAGCCUUAGCGAUGAAGAUUGGUAGUCUGAAUGGUGAGAGAUCGCGAGUAUCUGCAGAACAAGAAGCGCCAGAAGAAUACAGGUGGGCGAAGGAACAGGCGCGUGAAUACCUCGGCUAUUUGCUGGAAGGUCGAACCAUCCCACCUGAAGCCGUCGGUGUAGAGAAGUUUCUUUCAAGCUGCUCGAUACCAGAUGCUUAUGGGGGAUGGAAGCCAAUAGCAAUGAGCAACUAUUUGGACUUCAACGAAACGCCAGUGGCCCUGCGUGCAACCUCUCCAACCCAGAACAGAGCCGUUUGGGUGAGGCAACUGCAGCAGGACGACAAUGGCGGCUUCAAGUUCGUCAGCAAUGCUUUCCAGAUUGACCCUGCUCCUUCAAACAUUGAUUAUUUGAAGAAGGCGAUCAAGACCGAAAAUGCAGCCACAGUCCAAUGUGACGCCUUCCAAAUCGAUAUAUUUAGCCAACAGGAGGAUGGCAACUGGAGCAAAGAAGAAAAGAUGAGUGCAUCUCUUCGUGACACUUGUGAAGACAGUCCUUAUGGCUACAUUGUGCGACAAGUGCCAUAGAGGGUGUCUUCCACAAGAUCGACCAGGAGGAAACGAAAGAGUAUCAGGUUUACCGUCGUGAACUGGCCAAAGAUCAAUGGGACAAAAAGUUUCCAUAUUUGCCAGACAAUUGAUUGGAC